AUGGCUGAUCUUCCCGUGCUCAUCGUCGGUGCGGGCAUCAGUGGCCUCCUGCUGGCCCAACACCUCCACAAACUCGGGGUUCCCUACCAGAUCUUCGAACGCGAUGCCGCCAUCGAUGCCCGCAGUGGUGGUUGGGGGCUGACGCUGCAUUGGGCCCUGCCCGCGCUGAGGGAUCUCCUCCCUGACCACCUCGUGCAACAACUCCCCGAGACAUAUGUUAACAAGGCUGCCGCUGCCCGCGGUGACACCGGUCGCUUUUCCUUCUUUAACCUGAAAACCGGAUCCGCGCUGUCCAGCGUUCCGGCAGCGGAGCGAAUCCGCGUGUCCCGAGUGCGUCUGCGACAGCUGCUGGCAACGGACCUCGAUGUCAAAUGGAACAAAGCCCUCCAAAACAUCGAAUCCUCCGGCGACACCGUCACCGCGUACUUCGAAGACGGCACCUCCUACACAGGCUGCCUGUUGAUCGGCUGCGAUGGAUCGCGAUCCCCCACCCGCGAGAUCUUAUACCCAGACGGCCAUGAGAUGAACCCACUUCCCAUCCAGAUCCUGGGCGGGGCGACCCUGUAUACGGCAGAGGAGAUGGCAGGCGCUGCGGACAUCGAUCCGUUCAUCUUCCAGGGUUCGCAUCCGGACACCAACGUCUUCCUGUUCUUCAGCAUCCUCGAUACCCCGAACAACUUCGAAGACAGCAGCAAGGACAAAUACCUCUGCCAGGUCAUCAUCUCCUGGGCGGACUCCAAGAACAUCCCCGUCCCCAGCGACAACGCCGAGCGCAUCGCCCUGAUGAAAUCCUUGACUGAGAACUGGGCCGAGCCGUUCAGAACUCUGGUCCAUCGCUUGCCCGAGGACACCGAGGCGCGGUCCAUCCGCAUCGCGGAUUUCAUGUUCCGACCGCAGCAGCAUACCGCACAUCCCCGGGUCGUGCUCAUGGGUGACUCGGCGCAUACCAUGACCAUGUACCGCGGCGAAGGAGCCAACAACGCCAUCGUAGACGUACACGAUCUUACCAAGCGCGUGGAUAUGCGCUCUCUAGGAUCAAUAACCCCAGAAGCCCUACGAGAGUCUCUGGAUGCGUACGAAAACGAUGUCUACACGCGCGCCGAGCCGAGUGUGAUUAACUCGCGCCAGGCCUGUCUGGACGCUCAUAACUUUGAAGCUAUCCUGAACGACAGUCCACUGGUCUCGGCUCGUGUGUUCAAGGGACGGGAGAAUUAG